CCAGGGUUAAAGCAGUGGGCUGGCAGGGGCAUUAGGGGAAGCUCUCACUGCUCCCCUCGCUCACUUCACUGAGGACACACUCGGUGUGCUCUCUCUCUCUCUCUCUCACUGAGGACACACUCGGUGUGCUCUCUCUCUCUCUCUCUCUCUCUCUCUCACUCACUCACUCACACACAGAGAGACACUCGCUGGACUUUUUCCACAGCAGAGCAGCAGCGGCAGCGCACUGGACUGGAGACCAAGCGGAGGCUGUCUAACUGUGGGAUACUGAGACUUCACCAAAGUGACUUUUUCUCGUAUUUUCUCCUCUUUUCGGUGGAUUUAUUCGCCUUUUUUGUGCUCUGGAUUUCUCUGUUAGCCUCACAGCACGUUAACGCAGUGCUGAGGAGAGGAGCUCGCGGCAUUCAGCAGCUUUCAGCCGGUCGGAGCUUCAAGGCUGAAGAGCAGCGCGUGAAAUCGGAUUUUCUGUGAGCAGGUGUGACCGAAGUCCUCCUCGAACGACUGAGCUCUCCUGUGGAACAAACGGCUCGGCUGGAUUUUUGUUUCUUUUCUUCAGCUUUGAGCUCUUCCAGAAAUGGUGGGGCAUUUACACUUGCAAGCUAUGGAUGAGAGUUUGAAAGGAAAGAACCGCGAAGGGCUGCUGGACAGCCCGGAUUCAGGGCUGCCCCCGAGCCCGAGCCCACCCUUCUACUCCCUGUCCCCGGGGGUGGUGGAGCAGCGGGCCAGCAGCUGCUCCACUCCGACCGAACCGUAUGCACACUGCAGGAAGGAGAGCAGAGAAGGAAAACUGCUCCCGUACCUGCUGCUGAACUCUCAGGGGGACGCCAAGGCCCGCAUGUACCCUGUGGUUUAUGGAGAAAGCAUCGAGGUGAACCCCAAACCCAACAAGGAGCUAAAGUUCAGUUCAGCAGUGAAAUACGCUUCGGACCGGCACUACCGUGACCAGGUGUACUGCGCUCCCGUUCCCACGGUGACCUCCUACAGCGAGACAGUGGUGGCGGUGCACGACUGCACAUGGCGCAGCUACAAGUCCGAGGUUCACUUUCAGCCCCGUCACCGGCCGCUGCACUACCAAAGCACGGCCAUCGUCUACCCCAAACACGCCCGGAACACGUACCGCACCACGCUGAACUACAACGCCAACGGCAGCGCCGGACACCGCUGGUUUGUGUCCACGGUCAGGCUGGAGUCCAGUGAGGAUGCCAGCCCGUGUAUCAUCUACACGGAAAACCUCUGAGACUCCUGCAGAGUGUUUGUAAUUAUUUCCCAGUAAAGCUCCUUUUGGGUAGAGGGUUACAGAGUAACGGACGCAUUACUCAAAACCAGCGUAGAAAGGAUCACUAAAGACUUCCACUAGCAGAAGGAAAGCAGGUGGAAGAGGGCCAUUCUUUUCCUUUUUGCCUCUGGUGAAGUCGGUAUUCUAUUGUAGGUGAGGGUGGAAGACCAGCCUUGUCUGUGUGUAUAAGGUAGCGGCUGAGGUCUUCUGAUAGUUUAUAUGUUUAUGUGCUACCGGUCGGGAGGUGGGUUAAACAUAUUUCUCUUUUCUUGUUUGUUUACUCGUUAUUGCUAAGAACAGACUCCACUAUGGAGACGAAUUAUAAAUCCACUACCGUCUUUUACGAUGCUGUAAAAAGCCUCAAAGCUGUAUAUGGUAACAAAAAAAACCUCUUAUAUAAACCAUUUUUCUGAUAUGAGAAAGUUAUCAUGAGGUGUAUAAAUGCUUGAUUGCACUCUUGCUAAAAAAAGGUGAUUAUUUUGUGUUUAUUUUUUUUCCUCCUUACUUUGGCUACAGUGGUUUUGACUGAACUGAGGGUCUUCAAAGACCUGCAGUCUAGGAGCACUUGAAAGAUCGGACCAAAGAUUUUGUACGAUUGAAAUAAAUGGACGCGUUGUCGCCGUCGCUCAUUUCAACAGCUGAAAGCUUUGUAAGAAAAUCAGUGCCUGCACUACAGUCAUUUAGUCCAGCACCUAAAACGAAGUCCACCUUGGUGCCUUGCUGUCCAGUGGUUUGGACCUGCUGUUAAUAAUCUUGGAGUUACAGUUGCUUAUGUUUAACUGGGUCUGUCCAUAAUAACCCAUUCAUUUUCAGCAUUGUGUCAAAUCGAGAAGCUAAACCUGGGCUUUGUGACGAGUUCUGUCUAAUGUGUUCACUCCAGCUGGUUCAUUUGAGGUUGUAUUUUUGAGAUCUGUUGCUGCAGAGCUGCAGUAUGUGACUAUGUUCUUACUAGGGCUGCACAAUAUAUCAUCUAUUAAUGGUUAUUGCCGGAUCGGCUCGCAGUCCAGAUAUCGCAAGCCUGUAAUAUGCAAAAGAGCCUUCUAACCAAUCACAGAGCUGCGCUGUGAGCAUCCUGACCAAAUCUCAGAUGCUGACUGGAUGAACUGAGGUAUUCAAAUCCAACUCCAGUCAGUUUCUUUGGUUUCAAUAUAUAGUUAUUUUGGUUCACUAUAUGUCCAAAAGUAUCCAGACACUCCUAAUCUCAGCUAUUUAAAGGUGCACCCAUUCCUGAUUAAACAGCUUGUAUAAUCUUCAUAGAAAAGCAUUGACCAAUAGAAUGAGACGAUGUGGAGAAGCUACACGAGUCUAAGAUCACAACACCCAAUGCCAAGCAUCAGCUACAGGAGUGUAAAGCUCUGGGCUCACGCUGGGGUGUUCUCUGGAGUGAUGGAGCUCCAUCCAGUACCUUUGGGAUGAGCUGAAGUGUCCAGAACUGUUCAUCCAACAUGAUUAGCUGACCGCACUAAUGUUCCUGUGGCUGAAUGCAAUCAACUCCUCACAGCAAUGCUCUAGCAUCUAGAGCAAAGCCUUCCUAAAAGAAUAGAGGGGGAAACAAAAAUAUAAAUGGCCUUCAUUUCAGAAGAAACACUGGUGUCUACAUACUAUUGGACAUAUAGCGAAAACCACAAUAUUAUAUUAAUUAUACAACAUUUAGCAACACAGUUUCGUCCAUAUUGUGCAGGUCUAGUUCUUACAGUCAGAUCAGUUCAUGCUGGAUGAUUAAGGGAUUCAGAUACUGUGCUGACUUUUAUCAGAGGUUGGUGUUACAGCACAUCAGGAGGGUGUUGCAGUACUUUUUGUUUGUCUUACAAAUACUGAAUUGGGUAAAAAUUUAAAUUUCUUACCUCAUUGAAAAUGUAUUCUUUUGACUUUCUGAGGAGAAUUGUUUUUAAAGCCAGAGGCGCUCUUGGGGCUGAAUGUCUGGACAGUUUGUGGAACAACAAAACAAAACUGUCCACACUGGUAUGUUGGUAUACGUGAAGAAAUGAAAGGAGAAGUAAAUGGAUUUAGGUGUGAAAUGGAGGUCAGCGGUGAUAGACAGAAUCUUACAUUACACACUGCUCAUUUUCAGUUUGGUAGUUAAAAAAAAUCAGACACCUCUGAUUGACGAAGAGAAUCUGAAAGAAAAUUGCAACUCGAUUACAAACAAAUUCCAUGAGCUGCUAAGCUUACAAAGGGAAAAGUCACAUCAACUGACUGGAACGGUUUACUUAAGAACUGAUGGACAAAGUGAAGUUGGUCAGAAAGGAAUUUCAGAAAGUGUUGAAGGUUUCUGUAAAAGUCAUCAGCUGAGCACAGAGGCCUCUGUAAGUCUACGGUCGAUAAUGGAUGUAAAAAGCUGUCACAGUGGAUAAUUUUCUUUUUUUUUCUUGUUUUAUGUAAAAUACUUUCCUGUUGUAUAUGUUGCAUAUGGCACUUAAUGAUUCUCUUUAUAUUUUUGUAUAAUUCCCAAGUUAAAGGUCUUUUUUGUUGUUUUUGGACAAGAGAUUAGAAAAUAAUUUAAGAAAUAAGUGUAUAUCUUAAAUGAACAAAUAAAA